AUGGACGUAGCGCAAGCAAAUUUUGCGGUUAAUUUGCUGCGUGAAUCAGUGAAAGAUAGCAAAUCCACAGUUUUAUCACCGUUAUCCAUACAUAUGGCUCUUUUCAUGUUUUAUUAUGGAUCACUUGGCAAAACAAAAAAAGAAUUCAAAGAACUGUUAGCAGAUGGUGUAGAAACAGAAUCAGAAAUUGUACGGCAUAUGGAAGAUUUACUGCAAGAUAUUGCUGAUUCAAAAGAUAAAAAUUACACGUUACGUUUAGCAAUGCGUAUUUACGUUAAACGAAGAUUACCGGUUAUGCAUGGAUUCAUUAAUACGUUGAAAGAUUAUUAUGGUGAAGAAGUAAAACCAUUGAAUCCGAGAAAUCCAGAAAAACUCGCUGAGGAAAUUAACAGUUGGGUUUCUAAUGUCACUGAGCAAAAAAUCAAGGAUAUAGUCAGUGUAGAUGAUUUGCGUCAGAAUUUGCAAAUGUUAGCAUUAAACGCGCUUUAUUUCAAAGGAACUUGGAUGAAUCAAUUUAGCUCAAGAGAUACAGGGAAAAAACUGUUCUACAGUUCUGAGGAAAACAGCCGCGAGGUGGAUAUGAUGUCUCUUUCAAGUUAUAUUCAUCAUUUCGCUAACAAUCAGUUAAGACUAAUCAAACUCCCUUAUAUUGAUGGCGUUGAAAUGAUUGUUAUACUGCCGAAAAAACGGUUUAAUUUACACAGUGUGCUACAAACUUUAUCAGGCAGUGACUUACUACGUUAUAUUCAAGAAUCUAAGCCGACCGAUGUUUCGUUAAAUGAGAUUUGA